CUAACCACCACCACACAGCUCCAGCUGGAAGAAGACGAAGAAGGCUUAAGCCUAAACCCCCUCCUCACUCCUCGUCGCCGGACUGACUCCGCGUCCUUCUCGAAGGUUUCUGGAGCGAUCGGCUUCCUCGGCCGGGCGGGUGAUGGAGGUCAAGGGGCUGGGGCAGCUGCUGGCGGCGCUCGCCGCGGCGCUGUUCGUGCGCGCCGUCGCGGGGCCCGGCCCCGCCCUGCUCCCGCCGGCGGAGGACGAGGACGGCACCGACGCGGAGGCCGGAGAGGGAAGUGGUGGCGUGAGGCCGGUGACCAUCCGGUGGGACCGCGUCACCUGCGCCCUCAGAAACAAGCGCGGGGACAUGGCGAGGUUUUUGCUGUCGAAUUUGUCCGGUGAGGCGAAACCGGGAAGGCUGCUGGCACUCAUGGGGCCAUCCGGCUCCGGCAAGACAACGCUGCUCAAUGUGCUAGCAGGGCAGCUUGCAGCAUCGCCUUCCUUGCACCUUUCUGGGUAUCUGUACGUCAAUGGCCGGCCUAUGUCGCAGAGCGGUUACAAGAUUGCUUUUGUGAGGCAAGAGGACAUUUUCUUUUCGCAGCUGACGGUGCGGGAAACGCUCUCACUCGCUGCUGAACUUCAGCUUCCUGACACGAUGUCUCCCGAGAGUAAGGAGAAAUAUGUUGAUGAUCUUCUGUUUCGCCUUGGGUUGGUCAACUCUGCUGAUUCUAUUGUGGGUGAUGCAAAAGUACGUGGAAUAAGUGGUGGCGAAAAGAAGCGCCUCUCGCUUGCAUGCGAACUGAUUGCUAGUCCUUCAGUCAUCUUUGCGGAUGAACCUACAACUGGCCUUGAUGCAUUCCAGGCAGAGAAGGUCAUGGAGACUCUUAGACAGCUUGCAGAAGAUGGGCACACUGUGAUAUGCUCUAUACACCAGCCUAGAGGUUCAGUCUACGGCAAGUUUGAUGACAUUGUACUAUUGUCAGAGGGUGAAGUCGUAUACAUGGGGCCUGCGAAGGAAGAACCUCUAACAUACUUUGCAUCAUUAGGGUACCGCUGCCCAGAUCACGAGAACCCUGCUGAGUUCUUGGCUGAUCUCAUUUCCACUGAUUAUAGCUCAGCAGAAAGUGUGCAGUCAUCACAGAAAAGGAUUGAGAACCUCAUUGAUGAAUUUACUAAUAAAGUUUUGAUUACUGAAUUCAACAGUCCAGUCAUAAAAGCAGACGACUCUGAAAUUUCUGCCAAACCUGUUCAGAAAUCCAUUGCCAAGCGAAGACGUGGUUGGUGGAGACAGUUUCAUCUGCUGUUUAAGAGAGCUUGGAUGCAGGCAUUCCGUGAUGGACCAACAAACAAAGUGAGAGCAAGAAUGUCUGUUGCAUCAGCAAUUAUAUUUGGAUCAGUGUUCUGGCGAAUGGGCAAAACCCAAACUUCCAUACAAGACCGGAUGGGACUUCUUCAGGUUGCUGCCAUAAACACUGCAAUGGCUGCGCUGACAAAGACAGUGGGGGUCUUCCCGAAAGAACGAGCUAUAGUUGACAGAGAACGAGCAAAAGGUUCUUAUGCACUAGGACCAUAUCUCUCAUCUAAGUUGUUGGCCGAGAUUCCCAUUGGAGCAGCAUUUCCAUUGAUAUUUGGAUCCAUUCUCUAUCCAAUGGCAAAACUUCAUCCUACAAUUUCUAGAUUUGCGAAGUUCUGUGGCAUUGUGACUGUUGAAUCAUUUGCGGCAUCAGCCAUGGGUCUUACUGUUGGAGCAAUCGCUCCUACAACUGAAGCUGCAAUGGCUCUUGGGCCAUCCCUUAUGACGGUAUUUAUUGUCUUUGGAGGAUACUAUGUUAACCCUGAUAAUACCCCUGUCAUAUUUCGCUGGAUCCCAAAGGCAUCUCUUAUCAGAUGGGCCUUUCAAGGACUUAGCAUCAAUGAGUUCAAGGGUCUGCAAUUCGAGCAACAGCAUUCUUACGACAUUCAAACUGGUGAACAGGCCCUGGAGAGAUUUUCGCUGGGAGGAAUUUGCAUCGCCGACACACUAGCUGCGCAGGGCAGGAUCCUGAUGUUUUGGUACUGGCUGACCUACCUUCUUCUGAAGAAAAACAGACCAAAAUACCAGCAGCUCCUGCCGCCCUCCGAGGAAGAUCAAAAUAAGGAGCAAGUUGAAUAAGCGUCCUGAUUUGCCAACAGAUCGCACUAAAUCCACGUACCAUAUUUAGUCAGAACACUUGUUUGAGCCCGCCUUUUUUGUAAUCAAUUUUCUUUUUCUGCGUCUGGAGCGUCAAAACAUGCCCCUUUUCCAAUAAGGAAUCAGUACCAAUUUAAGUAUGGGGCUUGGCAGUACCUGCUAUGUUCCUGUUCGUAUUUUAGGCUUGAUCCCAUACAUCAAAUUAUUUGUCUGUGAAAGUAUUCUCGGUCCCUGAUUGCCAGUGUUUGGUCAUCCAAUUCUCGGGUGCUACUUAAAACCUUU